GGAUUGCGAACAGGCUGGCUGAAGGACUUGAGGUCUUCUGCGGACUCAGUCGGAGCAGGUGGGACUGAAAUAGGUUAGAAAAAAGUUCCCUCGGAGUACCUCUGCGGUCGGCACGAAGCACGGAGAGACGAAGCGGGAGUUUCUUUUUUUCUCGAGUGAGAUAUGAGGAACCCUGCAGGCCUAGAUUGCUGAUCAGCUGAGGUCAGAAUACAAGCACUUGUUCCCACAGACAUGGCUGACAGAGAGGGGCUGCCCAUCGCUCCGGGACAGGUCUACAUUGAGGUGGAAUAUGACUACGAGUACAAGGCCAAAGACAAGAUGGUGGCUAUCCGGCAGGGAGAGUGCUAUAUGCUGGUGAAGAAGACCAACGAGGACUGGUGGCAGGUGAGAAAGGACGAGGGCGCAAAGGCAUUUUAUGUGCCAGCACAGUACGUCAGGGAGGUGCGCAGGGCGCUCAUGCCCCCCCAGAAACCCGCCUUGAGGGCCAAGCCCGCCGUUUUGGACAUCUGCCGGGCGUCCAAUGAGAACCUCAACAGACCUCAGCCAGAAAUGUCCAGCUUCGGACGCCCGUCGCCUUCUUCCACCCCCUCUCCAUCCUCUGACCGUGUCACGCCACCUGCACUGCCCAAGGAUGCUAACCAGAACGUGGGGAGUCCCCACCACUGCAAGCUGGUGGCUGAGUUGGUACUUCUCCACAAUAACAACAACCACCACCACCCCAACAAUUCCACAUUGCCACGGACGCGGGCGGAUUCACCAACGCCAAAAUCGGGGAACAACCACAAAAGCCCGGAUGGCAGCAAGACGUCCCCUCUGAGUGAGUUGCCUGGAGAGGGGCUGAACAAGCUCCGCAACGACUCGGAGUCUGGAGACGAGCUGAGCAGCAGCUCAACAGAACACAUGCAGACAACGUCACCGACAGGUCAGGGCCGGUCCGACUCGCCUGUCUAUACCAACCUCCAGGAGCUGAAGAUCUCUCAGUCCAGCCUGCCUCCUGUGCCCUCAGGCUCCCCAAUCCACGUCCUGGGUGACUGGGAGACCCACAAAGAUCUGAGUGGCAGGCACUUCUACUACAACCGGGCCACCGGGGAGCGGACCUGGAAGCCACCACGCACCAGGGAUACUAGCAGCAGCACCAGCAGUACCCGAGGAGACAGUCAGUGCACAGCGGAGAGUGAGCCACUGUCCUCAGAGGAAAACUGCCACAGCACCCACUCCAGUCAGUCUGACAGCCAGUAUGGGUCACCCCCUAGAGGCUGGUCUGAAGAGCUGGAUGAACAUGGACACACCCUCUAUGUGUCUGAAUACACACAGGAGAAGUGGAUAAAACAUGUGGACGAACAAGGCCGACCCUACUACUACAGCGCUGAUGGCUCCAGGUCAGAGUGGGAAUUGCCUAAGUACAACAUCUCCCCCCAGCCCGGCGAGGUUCCUAAGAGUCGCAGCCUGGAGAGAAAGCAGCCGGAGCCCAUUGUCCUCACUAAGUGGAGGCACAGCACUUAUGUCUUAGACCUCAAUGACAAGGAGUGUGCUUCGGUGCCCAAGCAGAGCUCUCCAGACUCUGACUCCUGCCCCUCAUCUCCUAAGCACCCCUUGACCCCUUCAGAGAAGUGUGGAGUUCUCAAUGUCACCAAAAUCACAGAGAAUGGAAAGAAAGUCAGGAAGAACUGGACCUCCUCAUGGACUGUGCUGCAGGGCUCAUCCCUGCUCUUUGCAAAGGGUCAGGGGGGCAGCACCAGCUGGUCUUACUACCGCAGCGACUCUAUCCCAGAGCUGCUCCUCACUCUUCUUAGCAGCUGGAAGCACUCAGUCAAGCCCCGUCCCGCUGUCUCCUAUGUGAACUGUAGGCCCGGUCAGGCUGCCGCUAAGUUUGGCAGCAAUCAGUCUAAGCCUGAGUUCACUGUGGAUCUGCGCGGGGGGACAGUGGAGUGGGCCUCCAAGGACAAAUCAAGCAAGAAGCACGUCAUCGAGCUGAAGACCCGUCAGGGAACAGAGCUCCUGAUACAGUCUGAGAUCGACAGUGUCAUCAGUGACUGGUACCGUGCCCUUACAGAGACCAUCAACACACAUGCGUGGGAGUCGGAUGAAGCCAUUGAGGAGGACAUGCCAGAGUCUCCGGGAGCUGAGAAACAGGACAAGGAGAAGGAGCACCGGGACUCUAAGAAGAGCCGAGCAAUGAAGAACUCUGUGAGUAUGGAUUCAUCAGACCAGAAGAAAACCAGGAUGAAGCUCAAGAAGUUCCUGACUCGUCGACCCACAUACCAGGCUGUCCGAGACAAAGGAUACAUUAAAGAUCAGGUGUUCGGCUGCAGUCUGACCAGUCUGUGUCAGCGGGAGAACACAUCAGUGCCCAACUUUGUCAAAAUGUGCAUCGACCAUGUGGAGAACACAGGUCUUAAUAUUGACGGCUUAUAUCGAGUGAGCGGGAACCUGGCAGUGAUCCAGAAGCUUCGCUUUGCUGUGAAUCAUGAUGAGAAGGUGGAUCUCAAUGAUAGCAAGUGGGAGGACAUCCACGUCACCACCGGAGCUCUCAAGAUGUUUUUCAGGGAGCUUCCAGAGCCUCUGUUCUCAUACGGAUCCUUCAAUGACUUUGUGAAUGCCAUCAAGUGCUCCGACUACAAGCAGCGAGUGAAUUCAAUCAAAGAUUUAAUCAAGAAGUUGCCAAAGCCCAACCAUGACACAAUGCAAAUCCUCUUCAAACACCUGAGGAGGGUGGUGGACCACGGAGAGGCCAACCGCAUGACCACGCAGAGCGUGGCCAUUGUGUUCGGACCCACGCUGCUGAGGCCCGAGACCGAGACGGGCAACAUCGCGGUCCACAUGGUCUACCAGAACCAGAUAGUAGAGCUUAUACUGCUCGAGUACGAAAGUAUUUUUGGUAGGUAGAGGUGCCUACUUAGGAAGAGGAUGCCACACUUUUCAAACACGGACUUGUUUUCCAUUUCCCCUCCUCUCUUUUGUUUCUGGACUGAACUGAACAUUGCUGUGGACCAAGCAGAAAAAAAAUUCCUAAAGUGUUGCACUUAAAGAAGUUUUGGAGAUGAUUUAAAAGAAAAAAACAAAGUGUAUAAAUCUCACCCACUUGUUCAGUUGCCAUUCCUGCUGCGAGUAGUGGGGCCAGAUGAGUUUUUUUCAGAGUGGUGCUGCGAUGACGUGUGGACGAUGUGGUGGAUUUGAGUAUUCAGGUGUUUUUCACAUACACUGGAUUCCCUGUGGCCAGUAAAUGAAAGUGGAGCUGCUCGCGCCUCUUGGUGGAAUCCGACCAGGCAGUGGAUCUGGUUUCUGUGUCGUGGAGCUUCGUUUGUGACGUGUGAGCCCUUUGAGUAUUUGGAUGAGGUGGAAAAAUAAUCAGUGUUAAGCUAACAGGCUGUCUUUUGGCUCUUGGAUGAACUGGAAUUACACUUAUCCGACUUAUUAGUGACACCCCCGCCCCCACUUUCAACCAGUGUUGGCCAUUAACCCUUUGACACACGAGUGUGCCGAGUGAGGUAAAUGGCAUCAAAUCGGAGCAGAAGCAUCCCUGUGUUGCCACUUUGUAACAAACUGUGUGUCGUGUAGUCUAACGUGCUUUGGUAACAUUUGCGUUAAGCCGACCGCGAUCCUUCGUGAACUUCAUUAAAACUUCAGUGGCGAGAAAGGUCGCCGACCUCAGUCCUGGUGUUACUGGAAACCAACAAAGCAGACUUCUGGGAACUUCAGUGUUACCAUUUCACAUGAAUUUGCUGACCCUUCUCCUCACGUAAGCUAAUAUUAAAAAGUGUUCAGACAGGGGAACAUGGUGCCCGGCUGUUCGAACGCAAAGAAGAGCCUUUAAAUCCUUUCUGAGCGUAUGUACAGGGAAAGAGAGUAGCUGUUAAACUGUAGUAGUGACUGAGGUAUGUGUGCUUUUGAUGGCGAACCAGUGAAAGAGUCUGACUUUGUUGAAGUUUGAAUCAAAAACGUGAAAAAUAGACAGAUUGUGAAAAAAAAAAAAAAAAAACGUGACCGACUGUUACUUUUGUUUGCAGGUGUAUCUGGAGUGUUUGCGCAUGGUCAGGCAUACAUUUGAAUGUACUUUUCAGGCUAACUGCUGUUUGUGAAAUUGCUAUGUCUAAUAAAAAAACAAGACAAACCCA